AGGAAACAAUGAAGAACAUUUAUGAUUAAUUUAUGGUUAGUUUAAUAAAAAGCUUAUUAUAUAUUUAUAUGGACCAACAUAUUUUUCUAAGGAUUCUAAGAAUGAUUGUGGUGAUGACAUGUGGCUACAAAAUAUGUUGUAAUGCUUCUCUUUUAAUAUAUAUAGGAUAUAAGUAUUUAGAACGACUGUGUAUCUAAAAUCGAUUUCACUAAAAAGCAUAAUAAUAAAUUUAAAUUAUUUCAUCAACAUACAUAGUCAAGAAAAAAAGAAAAAAAAUAUAAUUAAGUUCCCUAUCUCUAAUUUAUUCUCCAACUUAAUGUAUAGUUACUAACAAAAAUGUCCUGAGAUAAAAUAAUGUCACAUUUGGUCUUUGAACAUUAUAUGUCAACUAAUGUGACCACACUAAUUACUAGUAACUGGUUUAGUUUUCCAAUAAUGCCGUUGAUGAUAAAAUCUGGUCCGACCGGCGGGUUCAUCCGGGUUUAAAAAAACAUUAAACUGGGUUUCUUUUGUCAACAACAUUAAAAUGGUUUAAUUUGCAAUUUUCUGAAAAGUGAAGGAUCAUAUCCUAAAAACCUCGCUAAAACCCUCCUUCCUCCAGUCGCCUGCUCCGCCUUUUAACUCUCUCGGCGUCCUCCGGAACAGUCUGCCAUUCACCGGUUUCUCUUCUUAAAUGGCGGCCUCCCUUCUUCUGAAUCGUGUUUCACGCUCUGUUUCUCUCCGUCGGGUCGGACCAGCUCUGAGUUUCAAUUCCCUCGAUUCCCAAAUUCACGGUGGGAGACUCUCCGGAACACUCUUUCCAGAGAGAUCAUUGGCUACUCUUGCUGAAGGAGGAGCUUCCCGUUUUGAUGAGAUGGUAUCAGCAAAUCAGCGAAAGUAUUACCUUCUUGGUGGUAAGGGAGGUGUUGGGAAAACAAGCUGUGCUGCUUCUCUCGCGGUUAAGUUUGCUAGCCAUGGUCAUCCCACUAUCGUGGUCUCAACUGAUCCUGCUCACUCCUUGAGUGAUUCUUUCUCUCAGGACUUGUCGGGAGGAGUGUUAAAGUCUGUUCAAGGUGUUGAUUCUCCACUUCUAGCGCUCGAGAUAACACCGGAGAGAAUGAAGGAAGAGAUUAAAAGCCAGGCUGGUGGUGAUAAGAGCGUUAAAAACAUGAUGGAUAGCAUGGGGCUAGGAAUGUUUGCCGGCGAGUUAGGAGACUUGAAUCUUGAAGAUAUGCUCAAUGCUGCAUCACCUGGUAUUGACGAAAUAGCAGCUAUUUCCAAGGUUCUUCAAUUUGUGGAGUCACCAGAAUACAGUAGGUUCACACGUAUAGUUUUCGAUACUGCUCCCACGGGACAUACUCUUCGGCUUCUUUCUCUUCCUGACUUCUAUGAUUCAUCCAUUAGCAAAAUAACAAAGCUCAAGAAGAAGAUCACUGCUGCAGCUUCAGCCUUUACGUCUGUCUUUGGCAAAAAAAAGGAGAUACAAGAACAAGGACCUUCCAAUGAGUUGGACCAACUGAAAGAGAGAAUGGAGAAAGUUCGAAAUGUUUUCCGUGAUGUGGACACUACUGAGUUUGUCAUUGUAACCAUCCCAACGGUGAUGGCAAUAAACGAGUCUUCGAGGCUACAUGCAUCUUUAAGAAAAGAGAAUGUACCAGUUCAGAGGCUUAUUGUUAAUCAGCUUCUACCUGAUUCCCAAUCCGACUGCAAAUUUUGCUCAGUGAGACGAAAGGAACAAACGCGUGUGCUCGGACUUAUUCAGAAGGAUACAGAACUUUCAGGGUUGAAAGUGAUCCAGUCCCCAUUGCUAGAUGCAGAGAUAAGAGGGGUGCCAGCACUUAAGUUCAUGGGUGAUCUCAUUUGGAAAUAAGAUCAUCAGUUUUCCGCUUUUAUUUCUUUUUUAAAAUAUGAAAUUUCUAGAUGAUGAGAGGAAAACAAGUUAUUAGCUUAUAAGCCAAGAAAGUAAUGGAAGUUCUUGCAAGUCUUUCUUAUGUACA